CCAUCUGUCCCUGAUUCUCUGUCUCUCUCCCUCUCUCUUCUCCUCUCUUCUGUGUCGUGUCUUGCGGGUUUUACUUCACGGCUAGAAAAGGAGAUAAACGAGGGUUUCCAAGAUGGACAACAUGCACAGCUUUUGGCAGUUGGGCGACGAGCUUCGAGGACAAUCAAAAGUUUCAGAGGAUCACAAGUGGUUAAUGGUUGCCUCUAAAUUGGCUGAGCAGACCAGGUCAAAGAGUGAGCGCAUGAAUAACCUUGAUUUUUCAAAGAGCCAAGCAGAGAUAAGGCCAAGGGAUAAAUCUGCGUUCCAGGAAGACAAUAAAUUUGAUACUCUUAACUUUAACAUGUUGAAUUUGGACUCAAAAGUAUCUGAAAGUGUAAGCAAAAGUUCCCUUCGCAGUGGUAUGUACAACAUGAAUGUGGUGUACCAGAAGAAUAACAAUAAUAAUAUGGGAAACCUGAAUGGUAGCAAGUACGCAGGCAAUAAUCUUAUCAACAAAGAGAUCAACAACAACAGCAGCAAUAACAACAACAAUAAUAACAAUAACAGCAAUGAAAAUGGAAAUGCUGCAGUUGACAAAAGAUUCAAAACUUUGCCUGCAACAGAGACCCUCCCCAGGAAUGAAGUUCUUGGUGGAUAUAUCUUCGUAUGUAACAAUGACACAAUGCAGGAAGAUUUGAAGCGUCAGCUAUUUGGUUUACCUCCAAGAUAUAGGGACUCUGUUCGUGCAAUAACGCCUGGAUUACCCUUGUUUCUCUACAACUACACUACUCACCAGUUGCAUGGUAUUUUUGAGGCAGCAAGUUUUGGGGGUUCAAACAUCGACCCAACUGCUUGGGAAGAUAAAAAGUGCAAAGGCGAAUCCAGGUUUCCUGCUCAGGUAAGGAUCCGUGUUAGAAAACUUUGCAAGGCAUUGGAAGAGGAUGCUUUCAGACCAGUUUUGCAUCAUUAUGAUGGUCCAAAGUUUCGACUUGAGCUUUCAGUUCCAGAGACUUUGGAUCUGCUAGACCUGUGUGAGCAAGCUGGCUCUCCAUAAACAAAGUCUUUGUAUAAUGCAAAUGUAGUAGGCUUUGUGGCGAAUGCCAGUUGCCUGCAUUUUGCUGAUUUUCCAUAUAGCGCAAGCUUGGGGGUCGAAGUCUGGCCAGUGACUCUUCUUGGUUAAAAAAAAAGGGUAGGAAGUGGCACGAGCCAGCUGAAUAAAAAGUAAAUGUGUGUAUUGUGAAGAUAGUUUGUAAGCUGUUCUAUCGUAUUUUAUAUAGUAGCAUAUAUAGACAGACAGGGAAGAUUUGAAAAAGAGAAAUGAAAGUUUGUGUAAUGCAAAAAAACUUCUAUGAGAAUGUGAAGGCCUUGAUGUAUGUCUUGUUUUGUUCAAAUCUCAAGUGUAGUGUCUUGUUGAUGUUUUUUUGGGAGAGAGUUAUGUGGGUUUGGGCAA